UUGUGGGGCGCAGUCUUGACGGUCACAACACGGACCUCCUCGCCUUGUGGAUCGGGAAGAUGAUGGGCUUUCUGCGCCGGACGUUCAGCCGCCGCUCUCGGAGCCGCUUUCAGACGAGAGAGAGGGACGAGCGGGACGGUAAAGGGGGAGGGGGGGGAGGAGGAGCGGGAGGGGUGACCGGGAACCCCCUGCUCCUGGCCCACCAGCAGCAGGUCGUCCACGCGCCCGCCGUGGUCACCGGGGGAGCGUCGGUUCACAUCCCGGCGGCCGGGACGGCGAGGACCACCAUCACCUGCCGCGUCCUGCUGCUGGACGGCUCGGAUGUCAAUGUGGAUUUGCCUAGCAAAUCCAAGGGCCAGGAUCUUUUUGACCAGAUCAUGUAUCACAUAGAUCUGGUUGAGACAGACUACUUUGGAUUGCAGUUCAUGGACACAGACCAAGUCUCACACUGGCUAGAUAUGUCCAAGUUUAUAAAGAAGCAGAUCCGAGACGGGCCUCCUUACAGACUCUUCUUCAGAGUGAAAUUUUACUCUUCAGAGCCAAAUAACCUGCGUGAGGAAUUUACAAGGUAUCUGUUUGUGCUGCAGCUUCGGCAAGACAUCCUGUCUGGCAAACUGAAAUGUCCGUACGAUGUCUCAGUAGAGUUGGCGGCAUAUUGUUUACAAAGUGAGCUAGGAGACUGUGAUCCAUUGGAUCACUCUCCUGAGCUGGUCUCGGAGUUUCGUUUCAGUCCCAAACAAAGCGAGGCCAUGGAGGCAGACAUCUUUGGCAGGUGGCUUGAGCUUAGGGGAAAGAGCCCGUCUCAAGCAGAAAUUUCUUUUCUCAACAAAUGCAAGUGGCUGGAACUUUACGGAGUAGAUAUGCACUUUGUCAAGGGCAGAGAUGGAGGAGAAUAUGCACUAGGUCUCACUCCUACUGGCAUCUUAGUAUUUGAAGGCUCCAACAAAAUCGGCCUCUUCUUUUGGCCCAAAAUCACUCGGCUGGACUUUAAAAAGAGUCGACUCACGUUGGUUGUGGUGGAGGACGAUGAUCAGGGUCGUGAGCAGGAGCAUACGUUCAUGUUCCAGCUGGCCAGUGCCAAGAGCUGCAAACAACUGUGGAAGUGUGCCGUGGAGAGCCACGCCUUCUUCCGGCUACGACAGCCAGCCACAGGCAAAACACACCGCAGCGACUUCACACGACUCGGAUCCCGCUUCAGAUUCAGUGGUAAAACAGAGUAUCAGGCCACUCAUGGAGGCAGACUGAGGAGAGCCAGCACAUUCGAGAGAAGGCCGAGCAAGCGAUACCCCUCCCGCACACAAUCGUUGGGCAAAGUUGCCAUUUCUCCAGCCAAACCGCCACAUAUCAGCUCUCACGCCAGUCCCGAUCCCAGCCUACAUCCAUACCAGCAUAACAUUCCUAUUGGUCACGAGCCCUGGCACACGCCCCACCCCGCUCUCACUCCCCCAGUGUACCUGCAGCCCUCCGGACACACGCCGCCACACAGUUUCCCUCUGAGCGGUCCUGCUUCAGACCAGUUCAGCGUGGAGGAGAAUGAGACUUCAUAUUCUGGCAAAAUCCACCACCAUCACCGACGCCACACACACAGCCAGGACAUGCUCUGCCACACACACACCAAGAACAAACGUCGAGCUCCUCCCUGCCAAGCAGAUGAGUUGGACAUCUCUCAGUCUCUGCUCAAGGCUCUGGAGUCAGACAGCGAUUCUCCUCCCUGGCCCUCGCUGCACGUCAACAUGGACAACAAGGGAGAGGAGAAGCAGCUAUCUGAAAAGUCUCUGCACCCUCCUGCCUCCCCGGCAAUGCUCCCUGACCACCUUAAAUGUAACAUCCUCAAAGCCCAGAUGGAGGCAGCUUUCAGGAAGGAAGCGCCAACAACGCUCAGAGGAAAGAACUCAAAUGAGACUCUCAAUGACAGGUAUCAGAGCUCAUCCCAAGACUCAGCUGCAUCCAGUCUGACUGCAGACAAGACGCCCAAACGGCAAGAUUGCGUCCCAACGCCGGAGGGGGUGGAACCCAAAGCCAACCCAAGCAUCCAACGCAGAAAACGACUGGUCAGACAGUUCAGCUUUAACCAUGAAGAUGAAGAUAAUCUCCCCGAAGCACUUGCAGCCAUCUCCUCCCAGAGUACAGGAAAGUCGGGCUCCAGCAGCUCAUUGGACAAACAGAUACAGCCCUCCAUAUACCCACAGGUGGAUAAUAUACCAGCACUGGAAUUGGGUAGUCCAGGCUGUCCCUCUCCUUCACCUUCCCCACACCUCUCCCCUUCUUACAACCGUACCUCCAUUCCUCACCUGGUCCCUUACCUUGCUCCCCAUAACGACAGCGGAGAGGAAACGAGAUUGGACAGAGAGAAGAUACUCAGAGCCCUCCUGAUCACGGAGCUCUGAGACCUUGACCCUUGACUCCUGUGACAUGAUCGCCAGACGGAGCAAAACAGGCAUUAACUGGAAGCGUAAAAAGUCCCCAAAGUCGUUGCCUGAGAUCAACAUUUGUAUAUUUGCAUAAUACAUUCAGAAGUUAUAAAUAUAUAUUUGCAUAAAGGCAAUUGUUAUAUUUGCUUAAUUGUAAUUUUAGAAUGACGGUUCU